CUACUAUUUCCUUUAACUUGCCAUAUACUUUAAAAGCAUGUUAGAGGAAUGAGCGUUUUUUCCGCAUGCCGGUGUUAACUAGCUGUGCCCCUGCCCACAACGACACUUGAGUCAGAGAAAAGAGGAGGGACUUGGAAGGUGCAGCUUGACGGGGUUAUCAGAAGCGGACGGUCUAUGUCUCCUUCCACGCGCUCAAAGGUCCUCUUUUGCGCACAGGCUUUUCGUCUGGCUGCGCGCGGGCAUCGCGGUUCCUCUUCCUCUUCAUGAUAACGAAUAUUCGCUAAAUUAACACCUGGACUAAACAAACUUCAGUUUCCUGAGUCGCAUUAUUUUUGAACGCGAAGAUGUGAUUUCUCCAAUAAGGAAUUUGGAAUCAUAAAAUGGUAUUCAAACCUGGGGUCUCCACAAAGAAAUGGGAGCCUGCAUAUCUAUGGGCACAUGAAUCUGAGAUUGUGGGGCCAGAUGCCUGUGAUGGACAAUGCCAAUGAGAGUAUCCCAGCGCCAGCGUUCAGCAUGCCGGAAAGGAUCGCCCUCAUGGCCUUCCUGUCCCUCGUCAUGCUCAUGAGCGUCCUGGGGAACCUCCUGGUCAUGGUGGCCGUCUGCAAGGACCGCCAGCUGAGGAAAAUCAAGACCAACUACUUCAUAGUGUCGCUGGCGUUUGCGGACCUGCUGGUGUCGGUGCUGGUGAUGCCCUUCGGCGCCAUCGAGCUCAUCCGCCAGAACUGGAACUACGGGGGGACGUUCUGCCUGGUCCGGACCUCCCUGGACGUGCUGCUGACCACCGCUUCCAUCCUGCACCUGUGCUGCAUCUCCCUGGACAGGUACUAUGCCAUCUGCUGCCAGCCCCUGGUCUACAGGAAUAAAAUGACUCCCAUGAGAGUGGCUCUCAUGUUAGGAGGGUGCUGGGUAAUCCCAACGUUUAUAUCCUUCCUGCCCAUAAUGCUAGGCUGGAACAGUAUCGGAAUAGAAGAUUUGAUCGAGCAGCGGACGAGCAGCGGGGACCCUAAUGUGACGCAGUGCGUCUUCAUGGUGAACAAGCCCUACGCCCUGACCUGCUCGGUGGUGGCCUUCUACAUCCCGCUGGGCCUCAUGGUGCUGGCCUACCAGCGCAUUUACGUGACUGCGCGGGAGCACGCCCGCCAGAUCAGCGUGCUGCAGCGGGCCGGCGCCUCCUCGUCCGACAGCGCCGACCACCAGCGCAACCACCGCAUGCGCACCGAGACCAAGGCCGCCAAGACGCUGUGCAUCAUCAUGGGCUGCUUCUGCCUGUGCUGGGCGCCCUUCUUCAUCACCAACGUGGUGGACCCCUUCAUCGACUACACGGUGCCGGACAAGCUGUGGACUGCCUGUCUGUGGCUGGGCUACAUCAACUCCAUGCUCAACCCCAUCCUCUACGCCUUCCUCAACAAGUCCUUCCGCCGUGCCUUCCUCAUCAUCCUCUGCUGCGGCGACAAGCGAUACCGCCGGCCCUCCAUCCUGGGCCCCGGGGCCCCCUGCACCGCCACUCAGAUCAACGGCUCCACGCAUGUGCUCAAUGGCUGCUCCUCUGUCUCCAAACUUCUGCUCUGGUUCUGCAACACCAGGCCUGUUCCUGUUUAGGAAGCCUGCAAGUACUCAGUCCUGCACAAUGGAAAUCACCUUGAACAGGAGAAGCUGUCCCUGCAGAACGACACAGAAUCCCAGGAGUCGUGCUUCUGAUGGCAGCAGAGACAAUUCCAUGCUGAAGCGGGACAGACCUGGGCCAAGGCCACCAUGCUGGAAAGUACCAUUCCAUUCUGAUAGCCCCUGUGUGACUGAAGGAUGGAGAAUUCCAGAACCUCUUUGUGUCUGGCCCUUGGUCACAAGGUUAGAACUGUACAGACUUGCAAUUCAAAGGAACAUUACUUUGCCAAAGGUAUUUAAUACAGUGAUAUGUUUUUUUGAGAUCAGCAAAAUAACAUAUUUCAGGCAGUGGCGUGAUUUUAUUUUGAUCAAAAAAAGGAAGUAAAGGAGAGAACAGACAGAAACUCUGGAAAUCUAUUCAGACCCUUUUUCCUGGAUAAUGGAAAACAUUUACUGAGGCCUAGUUAGUUGGGAGUUUCUGUCAUGCACUAUUUCAUCAAAAUUACACUAAAUUAAAAUGAACAAGCCCCUAUGAACAAAGGUGAUACCGUGCCACAGUGACAAAGGGUAGAGGUCACAACAUUGACAUUCAAUUUUGUGUGGUACUCAAAUGCUCCCUCUUCUUCCCUCUCCCUCUUCUUUAUAAUUUAUUUUCCUACUGAAACAAUGGCAAUGCAGUCCUACUUUUUUACUUUCACUUUGCAAUGUCUUAAAUUUUGGAAAAUUGCUGAAUUUGGGUAACUUAUUUGUAAAGGAACAAAUAUGCCCAUUUCAUAAGAAAUGUUUACCAGAUAUCUGUGAAGAAGUACUAUUUUAUAUAAUAGCAUAAUUUCCUUAUUGCCAGGAAAUUGUAUCACAAUGAGCAUUGCACCAGAAACGCCACCAGGUUACUAUGAAAACGCAGUGCUUGUCAAAUAUGUCUGACAUUGUAAAGACAUUCUUUCUUCCAUUUGUUCUGUUUUUGGACAGGUUUCUUGCCAAUUCCUUUAUGAUUAUAUGUUGUUGUUGUUGUUGUUGUUGUUGUUAUUUUCAGUUAAAUUUAACUUUUUGUACAGGAUGUUUAACAUGUUUUUACACUAAAUUGUAUUUUACACUUGGCCACAGAGCUUAUGAUCAUGGUUGUGGCUGGCACCUGGGCAGCUCUGGCUGUGUUCUCUGGUGUGCCACACCUUGUGCAAUGUUCUAAACUAAAAACUGCCCUCCUGCCUGUCUGUUUUACUCGCAAGUGCCUAACAUGACCAAUGCCCCUGAAAAACCUCUCCUCAACUUUCAAUAUCCACUGACUCUAUCCCUCCAUUCGAGAGCCGUCACUUAUCACACUAUGCUUCUCACCCAUUAAUGAUUCUCUUUCUCUUUCACGUCUCACCACAUUCCUCCUUUCUCAUUAUCCAGUCAUCCUUACUGUACUCUACAUUUCUUUUUUUUCUUCUCCGCUCCACUCUCACCAUCCUUCUCAAUGUCCUGCACCCAGUGUGGUGUGUGAGAUUCUUGAAUUUGGAGAUAAAAUACAGAAACAGUUUAUUUGGAAGUAUAUUUAAUAUAUUUAUUCUAGCCCAAGUUUACAACUUCAUGCUCCAAUGAAUGCCUUUUCUUAUUUAACAAUAACAGACAGGGAAACGUCACAGGUGGUUGUCGAGAAAAUAUGACACUGCCUGUUGGAUUUCAUGAUAAUUAGGCCCAAAAAAUGUCUGAUGAAUUGAGCCCGCUCAAAAGAUGUUCUGGGGAUUGUGAAGUGAUCCAGUCACCCACAUCGAAGCUGUCCUUGGACACUGCAUGACAUUUUACAAGAUGACAUUGAGUGUCUCGCCCACAGGGAAAGGCUGCUCUUUUCUUCAUAGGUUUCAAGAUGUCAGGACCACUAUUUUUGGAUAUAUAUUGCAACAGGAACACAGAACUCCCCUGUAUGAUUCAGACAGAUUAAACCAAACAUUUGCAUUUGCUUGAACACUAAAAAGCAUCUAUCAAGCGGUCAGUGUAUAAUGUCUUGGUACAUUCUCGGUACAGUAUAUUUCAUUGGCUCUUGGAAAUCCUGGAGCAAUUAAGUUUCUAUGUUUAUUCAUAAGAAGCAGAAAAGUCAUCCUCUCCAGAUGGCAUUUCAUAUCCUUGAGAAAAUGUGCAGCUCAGUAUGAAAUGGAAGCAUGCAGUUAUUAUACAAAUUGCUCACAAUAUUGCUCUGCUCCCUCAACACCAGUUAAUUCUGUCCUUUCCAUGAAGAACUUGAGGGAGUUUAGCACAGCGUUGCACUGAGCAUGAGUCUUUGUCCUCCUAAUUUAACAUGAACCCUUUGGCCCCAUCAUGCUCUGUUGACAACCACGUAUGCACUUUCUUUUCCUUUGAAGCAUUUGAUUUCUGGAGCAUUUUGUCUAUGCACAAUUCUUUUUUUUUCUGCUCUGCUUGGUAUAAAAGUCUAAUGUCCAUUUUCAGUCAGCAACAUUUGUAUAUUUAUGUCAGCAAUUUGUAUACUGAAUAGCAAUGGCGGAUAAUCAUUGUUUCACAGCUUUGUGUUGCUAACUUGCCAUAGCAUGACACUAAAGGAAUGGCAUGAGUUAGAAUGUAACCUUGACCUAUAAGGCGAUGUGCUGUGGUAACAAAAAAAAAAGGCCAAAGCACCUCAGAUCAACUCCCAGACUCCUACACCGUCAUAUCACAGUCCAGAAGGCAGCAGUGCUAUGAGAAUGCUGUCCUAAAUUCAAGUGACAUCAUUAAAAUCAGUUUGUUUGAAUAGUUAUCCCUUUUGGGUUUUGGUGCAUGUUUUCAUCUCCUGUGUGCAUAAGGUACUAUUGCUGUACUUUUUUUGCAGCCAUUGUCAAUAUUUCCUGAGACCAAAUGUUCAAUGAGAGUUUUACAGAAGCAUUGUAUGCUUCUGCUAAAUGGUUAAUCUCUGAAAAUAAAAACAUGUAACAUGCCACAUGAUACAGUCUUAUGAAGCCUUCAUAAUGCCUUUAUAAAUGCUAAGUAAAUGGGGACUGCUAGGUUGCUCAUUUAGUUUAGGCACCGCUCUGAGGUGCAUUAAGGAGGCAAACAGUCUCUGUUCAAAUCCGGACUGUGCCAGUGCCAAUUGUGGCCUGUCGCUCCAUAGGGUAACGUGCAAUUUUCAAUUGCCUCGUUCCCGAUAUGAGAGGAUUCAGUCAUUUAGAGGUCUGUGUUCAUCUUCCUCUGACUCCACUCUAUGCAACCUUAGCUGUAGUCUGUGGUGUAAAAAGAAGCAGCUGGUGACUCUGUGACUUUCGGAAGAGAACCGUUCAUGUCUACCCUCUCCCCAAUUGGCAGUUUGCACAUGAACAUGGCUACAGUUGCAGACAAAUUGGCCAUUCCAAACUAGGGCAAUUGGAUAUGCUCAGUCCCACUUAUUUAUUUUUUUAAUUAAAAUAUUAAAAAGUAAAUUUUAAGUAAAGAUCAUAAUAUUAGUCAGAAUUCCAACAUAAAUUGUGAAACAAUACAUUAUACGUUUAUGGGUCAUAAACUGGUUAAAACAUUUGUGAUCUAAGAGGAUUAUACUUAUUAAGGUUUAUGAAUGCUGCAUAAGAGCCACUUUUGUUGUAGUAUUAUUAAGCACAUUGACAAGUGAUGGUACUUUUUGAGAGAAACUGAUUUUAAUGAUAAAUUCCAUUUUCCACUUCAGUUUAUAAUGUUCCCUUGGGAACAGUCAAAUAUACCUCAUUUAAAUGUUCUUGUUUUUUUACUCAGAUGGUUAGAGUAUAUUCAAAUGUUUGUAUUUUUAGAAGUAAGGAGAGAGAUCGGGUGCAACCAGAUUGCAAGCAUUGAAUUAAAUCUUUGCUUUGUUACUUUGUUUUAUGGUGAUAGCCAGGGAUUUUAAAGUAAAAAAAUGAAGGAUGACAAAUACAGUGUCAACAAAUAUUGUACGUUUUUCCUUGAAUGAAUUUAAAAGUUAUUACCCUCCUUUU